CCCGAGCGCCGCCCGCGCGCUCUGCGCCGCCGUUCGCCGGUGCGAUCGCCCGAGCCGCCCGCGCUCCGCGCCCGCCGCCGCCCCCCGCGGGUUCUCCCCGGCGGCGGCGGGCACGGGAUCCCGUCCGGGGCCGCCCCCUCCCCCGCGGAGCGAGGAACGGGUUCCGCCGCCGCCCGCCGUGGAUUUCGGGGACCCGCGCGAGGCGUUCCGCAGCAAGAGCAACGCGGAGCUGUUGCGGGGACUGGUGGUGCUGGGGCUGUGCGCCUUGGAGCCGCUGGUGCAGCACAACCGGGAGCUGCUGCAGUUGUGCCAGCGGGUGCUGGGGCAGACGCUGUUCGAGCGGCUGAUGAAGAUGACGUUCUACGGGCAGUUCGUGGCCGGGGAGGACCAGGAGGCCAUCAAGCCGCUGCUCCGGCGGAACCAGGCCUUCGGCGUGGGCGCCGUGCUGGAUUACAGCGUGGAGGAGGACCUGGGCGACGGGCGAAUGGAAGCACAGGAGCCUCAGAGCUGCUCCCGCACCUCUGCAGCCGAGAAGGAAAUGGGAGGAACAGAAAAAAGGGAAAAGCGAUACCAAGCUCAUCAGGGAUUUGGGGGUCAUCAUGGUGGAAUCACUGGUGCCCACACCUAUUUCUACGCUGAUGAGGCUAAGUGUGACCAACACAUGGAGACUUUCCUCCGCUGUAUUGAUGCCUCAAGUGAGUGUUCAGAUGACGGCUUCUCUGCCAUCAAGCUGACAGCACUGGCCAGACCCCAGUUCCUGGUACGGUUCUCAGAGGUGCUGGUAAAGUGGCGGAGGUUCUUCUACCACAUGGCCGCAGAGCAGGGCCAAGCCGGGCAGGUGGUGCUGGAGACAAAGCUGGAGCUGGAGAAGCUGCAGGAGGCACUGGCCAACUUUGGUAUUGCGAGCAAGGCAGAGAGCCAGCAGUGGUUCACAGGCAACAACCUGGGCACAAGCAGCACUGUGGACCUGCUGGACUGGAACAGCCUUUUUGACAGCCGCACCAAGCUCUCCAGGCCUCUGCUCAUCCCCAACAGGAAGACUGGGCAGCUGGAGCCUCUGCUGUCACACUUCAGUGAGGAAGAGGAGCUGCAGAUGAAGAGGGUCCUGCAACGCAUGGACAUCCUUGCGAAAAGAGCCAUGGAGAAGGGCGUGAGGCUGAUGGUAGACGCAGAGCAGAGCUACUUCCAGCCAGCCAUCAGCCACCUCACCGUAGAGACACAGCGCCGCUUCAACAAGAGCCAGCCCAUCAUUUACAACACUUACCAGUGCUACCUGAAGGAGGCUUACAACAAUGUGACAGGGGACAUGGAGCUGUCGCGCCGGGAGGGCUGGCACUUUGGCACCAAGCUGGUGCGUGGCGCCUAUAUGGAGCAGGAGAGGGAGAGGGCAGCUCAGAUGGGCUACGAGGAUCCCAUCAACCCAACCUAUGAGAAGACCAACGAGAUGUACCACAGGUGCCUGGACUAUGUCCUGGAGGAGAUCAAGCAUAGCCGGAAAGCCAGCAUGAUGGUGGCAUCUCACAAUGAGGACACGGUGAAGUUUACCCUGCACAGGAUGAUGGAGUUGGGGAUCCAUCCCUCGGACAAGAAGGUGUGCUUCGGGCAGCUAUUGGGCAUGUGUGACCAGAUCACCUUCCCCCUGGGCCAGGCUGGCUUCCCGGUGUACAAGUAUGUGCCCUAUGGGCCAGUGAAUGAGGUGCUGCCUUACCUGUCCCGCCGGGCCCAGGAGAACAGGGGCUUCAUGCAGCGGGCAAACCGUGAGCGGGACCUGCUCUGGAAAGAGGUCAAGAGGCGUCUCCUCACAGGAAACCUCUUCAGCCACUGACCCUAGCCUCAGCCCAGGGGCUCCUCUACCUUCAUCCUGAACCACUGUCACCAUUCCCCAUCCCAGUUGCUGCAUCCCAUGCUGCAGCUCCCCCAGCCCCCUUUGCCCGGGGAGAGAAGUGUCCUUGUACCUGUUGAACCACUUGCACCUCCCAGUGGCCUCUGGGAUCACCCCAGCUAGCAUUACCCCAGGGAUGGCUCUCUGCCAUCCCAUGGCCUCUUGAGCUGUCUUCUGCCAGCCCACCCUGUGCCUUGAGGAACACUGUGCUGGCGUUUUUUUUCCCCUGGCAGGAUUGCACAGGGUGAUUUAUCCACUUGCCUUGUGCCCACGGGCUCAGGUCCAGGUGGGCUGGGUGACUUGGGGACAAGCUGGCCUCAGCCAGAAACUCCUCCAGCCUCUGCCAGGGUUGGAGCUUUGCCUCCACCAGACCUUUGAAGGGGUGGGAUCAGCCCCUGUUGUCUGUCCCAGACAGCUACCUGCCUGCUCACUGGCUUUGCACUGACCAGAGCUGGGCAGGUCCAGGCUCUCCCCCAUAGCAUUGGGAUAAGCUGCCUGGGGUUGUCCAUCCUCAGGCACACAUCCAAUGGAGAAGGAGGGAUGAGGGGAGGGAGCUGGCCCCAUCCCUGUACCAUUCCUGCCCUGCCCCCAGUCCCUGUUUCUAAUGAUGGACCAGAGGCAGUGGGAGCACCAGGAGCUGGACCACAGCUUGUCUCUGCUGUACACUGGAUUUAUAGAGAAUGGAAAUUAUUAAAUCACAAGUGUUCCUGCUCCCAUCUCCCAUCUCUCUCUCUCUCUCUCUCUCUCUCUCUCUCUCUGUUAUUGAGCAGCCACAUAUCCCCAGGCACUCCCAUGGUCUCAAAGGGAGGUUAACACUGCACACUUUGGUCUUAGCCAGAGGUUGGGGAAAGGAGUAAGGCCAAACUUCCUGUGACAGGGACUGGAGCUGUGGAGCUUCCUGUGAUGGGUUUGAGGGGAACUGGGAGUCCUGGGGCAUCCCCCUACCUGCAGAGGAGGAGGUGGCAGCAUGGGAGAGCCUCUCCCCACCCUCAGACAUGCUUCUGGGGGACAUGCACCCUGUCAGCUUUCACGCCUCAAAUUAGGGGCACUUUUUCCUGGGCUCUGCAAGACCACAGGCAUCUCUGGGAUUCCCUGCCUUGAGCUGUGGCAGUGUCUCCUUUUUUCCUGGGUCAGUCUCUCUACUUGGUAAGCCACUCAGAACAAAGGAGUGAUGUUUUGGCUUUCCAGAGCUGUUCAUUUCCUGCCUUUUCUCUAGCUGAGACUCUUCUGCCUUAAAAAAAAAAAAAAAAAAUAAAAAAUAAAAAAAAAAAGCACCAAACCUGGAGGGGAUCAGGGAGCCUUGCCUGGAGCAUGGAACCAGAACAGCACCGGUGCAGGCAGCAGCUGGGCUCCUGGAAUUUAAAAGCAGAUGGGAGAGGUUCUAGCCCUGGGCUGCCUUCCAGCCCAUGUGGGAUACUGUGACAGUGGCGCAGAGUACCCUGGUGCACAAGGGGCUGACCUCUGCUGCUGCAGCUGCACAGAGGGCUGCGUGAUGCAGAAGCAGCUGUUACCUACUGUGAGCUUCUGCAAAGACCCCCAAGCAUCUGUGUAGUAAGGCAGGAGAAGCCCCUCUUGACCCUCUAUUUUGCAGAUAAUCCCCAGCCCUCUUCCUAGGACAGGAUAGCUUUGCAACCUAGGUCAGUGGUGUUUGUGUGCUGUUUGCAGGGUCUGUGUAGGGCUGCAAGUGCUGCCUCCUGAACACCCAAGGCACGGGAUGCCCUUGAAACCCCAAAUCCCUGAUUCCCCACAAUCUUUCACAGAAUGUCCUCAGCUGGAAAGGACCCACCAGGAUCACCCAGCCCAGCCUCUGGCCCCAGCCCUGCACAGGCACCCCAACAGUCCCAUCCUGGGCAUCCCUGGCAGUGCUGUCCAAACACUCCUGGAGCUCUGGCAGCCUUGGGGCUGGGACCAUUUCCUGGGUAGCCCCUCUGGGGGAAGAACCUUUCCCUGAUAUCCCACCUAACUGUCCCCUUGCACAGCUGUAUCCAUGCUCAGCCAGAAAAUAGCAACUGCCGCUUUUAUUUCUGGGCUCACUGACCCAACCAACCCUCCCAUAUCUCAGGCAUUCCCCA